UAACCUGUCGAUCCCAAAGGGAAAGGCUGAUGUAGAUCUCAAUAUUGAGGGUCCUGAGGGAAAAGGAGGAAAAUUCAAAAUGCCCAAAUUUGACGUUUCACUUCCAAAGAUGAACCUGCUAGAGGGCAAUCUGGAAAUGCCAAAGGUUGAUAUCUCACUCCCAAAAGGAAAGGUAAAGGGAGAUGUUGACAGAGAGGGACAUGUGGGUAAAGGAGGCAAGUUGCAUAUGCCCUCGGUUAACAUGUCUCUUCCUAAAAUGAAGGUAAAGGGAGUUGAUGUUGAUAUUGAAGGACCUGACAUUAUAGGUAAAGUUUCACUCCCCAAGGGAAGAGUUGAGGGAGACAUCGAUGUGGAGGGUCCUGAGGCAAAGGGUGAUGCAUUUAAAAUGCCAACAUUUGAUGUCUCAAUGCCAACAGUUAGUCUCCCAAAGGGUGAUGUCAAGCUUAAAGGCCCGGAAAUCAAGGGGGGGAGGAUUGAGAUGCCAGACAUUGAUAUUUCACUGCCUAAAGGAAUGGCAGGAGGACACAUUGAAAUCGAAGGACAUAGUGCAAAAGGAGGCAAGUUCCAUAUGCCCUCUGUUGAUAUCUCUCUUCCCAAAAUGAAAGCUAAGGGACCAGAGUUAAAUAUUGAAGGUCCUGAGGUUAAAGGUGGAAAGCUAAACAUGCCUUCACUUGAUGUUUCUCUACCCAAAAUAAAAUCUCCCAAUGUAGAUAUCAGCCUUGAGGGUCCUGAUGUUAAAGGAGGAAAGGUCAACAUCCCAACUGUUGACAUUUUACCUGCCAGAGGAAGGGUUGAGGGGGAGAUAAAUGUUGAAGGCCCUCAGUUGAAAGGAGGGAAAUUCAAAAUGCCAAAAUUUGACGUUUUUCUACCAAAAGCGAGUCUACCAAAUCUUGAUGCCAAUGUAGAAGGAACUGACUUGAAAGGAAAAAUGUAUAUGCCAACUGUUGACCUUUCACUUCCAAAAGGAAAAGCAGAUGUGGAUAUAGACAUUGAUGGGCAUGGUGGUAAAGGAGGCAAGUUUCACAUGCCCUCACUCCAUAUCUCUCUUCCUAAAAUCAAAGCAAAAGGACCUGAUCUUAAUAUGCAAGGUCCUGAAAUCAAAGGUGACAUGUCACUCCCUAAGAUGAAGUCUCCAGAGGUAGAUAUCAGCCUUGAAGGUCCUGAUGUUAAAGGAUCAAAGUUUAACUUGCCAACUGUGGACAUUUCACUCCCUAAAGGAAACCUUGGGGGGGACCUUGAUGUGGAGGGUCCUGAGGUAAAAGGGAGUAGAUUUAAAAUGCCAACAUUUGAUAUGUCUUUCCCAAAAAUGAAUUUCCCAGACGGUGAUGUCAAACUUAAAGGCCCAGAUACCAAAGGAGAGAAGAUUGCGAUGCCAGACAUUGAUAUUUCACUUCCCAAAGUAAAAGCAGGAGGAGAAAUGUCAGGACAUGCUGGGAAAGCAGGCAAGUUCCAUUUGCCCUCUUUUGAUAUCUCUCUUCCCAAAAUGAAAGCUAAGGGGCCAGAGGUCAACAUGGAAGGUCCUGAACAGAAGGGAGGAAAAAUCGACAUGCCAGACAUUAACCUGUCGAUCCCAAAGGGAAAGGCUGAUGUAGAUCUCAAUAUUGAGGAUCCUGAGGGAAAAGGAGGAAAAUUCAAAAUGCCCAAAUUUGACAUUUCACUUCCAAAGAUGAACCUGCCAGAGGGCAAUCUGGAAAUGCCAAAGGUUGAUAUCUCACUCCCAAAAGGAAAGGUAAAGGGAGAUGUUGACAGAGAGGGACAUGUGGGUAAAGGAGGCAAGUUGCAUAUGCCCUCGGUUAACAUGUCUCUUCCUAAAAUGAAGGUAAAGGGAGUUGAUGUUGAUAUUGAAGGACCUGACUUUAAAGGUGACGUUUCACUCCCCAAGGGAAGAGUUGAGGAAGACAUCGAUGUGGAGGGUCCUGUGGCGAAGGGUGGUACAUUUAAAAUGCCAACAUUUGAUGUCUCAAUGCCAACAGUUAGUCUCCCAAAGGGUGAUGUCAAGCUUAAAGGCCCGGAAAUCAAGGGGGGGAGGAUUGAGAUGCCAGACAUUGAUAUUUCACUGCCCAAAGGAAAAGCAAGAGGAGAAAUGGAAAUUGAAGGACAUGCUGGAAAAGGAGGCAAGUUCCAUAUGCCCUCUGUUGAUUUCUCUCUUCCAAAAAUGAAAGCUAAGGGACCAGUGAUUCAUAUUAAAGGCCCUGAAUUUAAGGAAGGAAAUAUCAACAUGCCAGAUAUUGACCUGUCAGUUCCCAAAGGAAAGGCUGGCAUCAGUAUUGAGGGUCCUGAGGUAAAAGGAGGAAUAUUCAAAACACCUACAUUUGACGUGUCACUUCCAAAGAUGAACCUGCCAGAGGGCAAUGUCAAAGUUGAAGGACCAAAGAUUAAGGGAGGAGAGAUCUCAACACCAGAUGUUGAUCUUUCAGUUCCUGUUGGAAAAUUAGAGGGAGAUAUCAGCUUUGAAGGACCGUCUGGAAGGCGAAAGUAUGAAUUGCCAAAGGUGGACUUAUCUGGUGUUGGGCUCCAUAUGCCAACUCUUGACAUAAAUCUCCCCAAAUUUGAUCUUGACCUUAGCCUUCCCUCUGGUCAUAAAGACAAAAGCCUCAGAGUGGACACCUCUGGGCCCGAAGCAUCAGGAGAUUUAAAGAUGUCUGGUCUCAUAGGAGAAAUCAAUCCAGCCAAGGUGAAAGUAAAGUGUACAGACAUUGCGACAGGUGGUGUAGAAGCUCCAGGUGCAUCCCUCAAACCUCCUACUAUCAGCGGUGUUCUUAAAGCCCAGGGAGGCAGGCCUUCUUCAGGGGGCAGCUUUGAUCUGCCUGAUGUUUCCCUCAAAUUCCCAAGUUUCUCUCUACCAAGGUUUGGUGGAAAGUCUAAGAGUGGUGAUUUUGCAAUGUCUGUCCCCAAAGGAGACAUUUCCCUCAGCUCACCGCAUGUGGAAGGAGAGAUAAGGGCACCAUCAGUAGAGUUUGAUGGGGACGGAAAAGUCAAGGUGAAAAAACCUAAAAUUAAAAUGCCUUCAUUUGGUGUAUCCAAAAAGCAUGCAGAUAUAUCCGUGUAUUGUCCUGAUGUGGAUGUUAAAGUUAAAAAGGGAAAAUUCCCCAAGUUUAAAAAAUCACCAAAAAGUCAGCUCCCAGAGGGAGGGGUUGAUGCUGAGCUGGGGGCAGAUGUUGAAGGGAAAGGUGGCUUCCAUGCCCCUGACAUCACCCUCAAACUACCAAAGUUCUCAAUGCCAGGAUUUGGCUCUAAAGAGAAAGAUUUAGUUAAGCAAAGUGUUAACUUUGAGUCUAAAGCCAAGGUUAAGAUGCCCUCUGUUGAGUUGUCACUACCAGCAGCUAAUACACCAGAGACUGAGGUUUUGUUACCUAAAGCAGAGGUGGAUGUCUCAGAGGCUGAUAUCAGAGGUUAUGAGGUAAGCCUCAACAUUCCAAAAAUGCCAACAAUUGACAUUUCCAUCCCCAAAGUAGACCUGGAUGUGUCCCUGCCUAGAGUAGAGCAUGAUGCAAAGACUGAUGGAAAAGGAGGCAAAUUCAAGUGGCCUGGAAUCAAGAUGCCUGACAUUGAUCUGUUCCUUCCUAGAGGGAAAACUGGGGACCUAAAAAUGCCAGAUGUUGACAUCUCUCUGCCUAAAGAAAAUAUUGAGGGUCCAGAUUUUGGAAUGGAAGGAGGAGCCGUAGGCAAAUUCAUAAUGCCGCACAUGAGAAUGCCCAACAUCGACAUCUCUCUGCCCAAGGGAAAGAUUGAUGGUCCAGACAUUGAAAUGGAGGGAGGUUCUGGAGGAGCACUCAAAAUGCCUCACAUGCAAAUGCCCAACAUCGACAUCUCCCUGCCCAAAGGAAGGAUUGAGGGUUCAGAGAUGGAAAUCGAAGGCGAGGAUGGAAAGUUUAACAUGCCUCAUCUCAACAUGCCUUCAGUUGACAUUUCACUUCCCAAAGGAAAGAUAGAAGGUCCCGAUUUUAAAAUGGGGGGAGGUACAGGAGGAAAGUUCAAAAUGCCUCACAUGAAAAUGCCAGAUGUUGACAUUUCUCUGCCCAAGGGAAGGAUUGAAGGUCCAGACGUUGAAAUGGAGGGAAGUAAAGGUGGAAGAUUCAAAAUGCCUCACAUGAAAAUGCCCAAUAUUGGCAUCUCUCUGCCUAAAGGAAAGAUUGAGGGUCCAGAUGUUGAACUGGAUGGAGGUACAGGAGGAAAGUUCAAAAUGCCUGAUGUGAAAAUGCCCAACAUCAACAUUUCCCUGCCCAAAGGAAAGAUCGAGGGUCCAGAUGUUGAAAUGGAUGGAGGUACAGGGGGAAAGUUCAAAAUGCCUCAGAUGAAAAUGCCAGAUGUUGACAUCUCUCUGCCCAAGGGAAGGAUUGAGGGUCCAGAGAUGGCUAUCAAGGGAGAUGGUGGUAAAUUCAAGAUGCCACAUCUCAGUAUGCCCUCUGUUGAUGUUUCACUUCCUAAAGGAAAGAUCGGUGAUCCGGAUAUUGAAAUAGAAGGAGGCACCGGUGGCAAAUUUAAAAUUCCGCACUUGAAAAUGCCCAACAUUGACAUCUCUCUGCCCAAAGAGGAUAUCGAAGGUCCAGGCGUUGAAAUGGAGGGAACUAAAGGAGGAAAGUUCAAAAUGCCUCACAUGAAAAUGCCAGAUGUUGACAUCUCUCUGCCUAAAGGAAAGAUUGAAGGUCCAGACGUUGAAAUGGAGGGAAGUAAAGGUGGAAGAUUCAGUCCAGAUGUUGAAAUGGAUCAAGGUACUGGUGGAAAAUUGGAAAUGCCUCACAUGAAAAUGCCUAACUUCCACAUCUCUUUGCCCAAAGGAAGAAUUGAGUGUCCAGUGCUGGAAAUAAAAGGUGAAGGUGGAAAGUUUAGGAUGCCUCAUGUCAGCUUGCCUUCUGUUGAUAUUUCACUUCCCAAAGGAAAUAUAGAAGGUGCAGAAAUUGAAAUGAAGGGAAGUAAAGGAGGAAAGUUCAAAAUGCCUGAUGUGAAAAUGCCAGAUGUUGACAUCUCUCGGUCUAAAGGAAAGAUUGAAGGUCCAGAUAUUGGAACGGAAGGAGGUACAGGUGGAACAUUCAAAAUGCCUCACAUGAAAAUGCCCAACAUUGGCAUCUCUCUGCCUAAAGGAAAGAUUGAGGGUCCAGAUGUUGAAAAGGAUGGAGGUACAGGAGGAAAGUUCAAAAUGCCUCAGAUGAAAAUGCUAGAUGUUGACAUCUCUCUGCCUAAAGGAAAGAUUGAUGCUUCGGGGAUGGAGAUCAAAGGUGAUGGUGGAAAAUACAAGAUGCCACAUCUCACCAUGCCCUCUAUUGGUAUUUCACAUCCCAAAGGAAAGAUUGAAAGUACAAAUUUCGAAAUAGAGGGAGGUGCAGAGGGAAAGAUCAAAAUGCCUAGCUGGAAAAUGCCAGAUUUUGACAUUUCUCUGCUAAAGAAAAAAAUUGAAGGCCCUAAAGUUGAAAUACAGGCAGGUGAAGGAGGAAAUGUCAAUAUGCAUGAUGUAGACCUAUCUAUCCCUAAAGGAAAACUGGAGGCUGAGGGAAGAACCAUCAAGCUGCCGCAUAUCAAGAUGCCAAAAGUUGAUAUUUUACUUCCUAAAAGUAAAAGUAAAGAUAUUGAAACAUUGAAUCCAUCCUGUGAAGCAGAGAUCAAUGUACCAGCUGUUGAAUUAGGAGGGGAAAUCGUGCCAAAAGUGUCAUCACCGGAGUUGGACAUCGAUGCAACACUGAGUAGACCUAAACAAGGCACAGAAGCUCUUGGGGAAGCUGACUUGCAUGUUGAGGGGGAGCACAAAGGCCUCAAACUUAAGAUACCUACAAUAGACAUCAAAUGUCCAAAAGGCGACCUAGAGCUGGAUUUAGGACUUUAUAGAGCAGAGGGCAAGAAGGACAGGAAAAAGAUGGAACUACCUGAUUUAGAUAUCAGCACAGCAGGAACCAGCAGCAAAGUAAAGGGCCCUAAAGUCAAAGGAACAAAAUUCCACAUUGGGAUGCCAAAAAAGAAGACUGGUCGAGAUGUAAAAGCAGAAGCAAAAAUAUGCAAAAACUGCGGUGAUGAAGAUUUAGGUGGUCAUAUCAAACACAAAUGUAAGAGAAAAGAAACAUUUAAGUACGAAGUUGAAAUUGAAACAGAUAAUGGACAUAAAAAUAACAAAGGUCGUGUUAACAUCCCAGUACCAGAGUGUAGGUUACCAAGUGUUUGUCUGACAAACAAACAAGGCUCGGCUGACUUUGGAACAGCGGGAGAGGGUGGCUUCUCAUCAUCCAGAGCAGAAAUUAGAGUGCCCAGGAUUCCAGACAUAGAUUUUGACAUAGGUACAACACAGGAUGAAGAUGAGGACGGAACAGAAAAAGACAAGAAAGUCAAAAUCCCGAAGUUUGGGGUCCCAUUACCCUCCAUCUCCUCUCCUAAGGGAAGAAUGAAUAUCACUGGGCCAGAAAUUCAGUAUGAGGGUCCUAAAAUGCCUAAAGUAAAGAAAGCUGUAUUUUUAUUGGUAAAUCCUCCUCAAACAGGUGAGCCCACUGCAUGCUCACACCUCCCAAAAGAGGAGACGACAGCUCAGGCUGAAACAGAAGGAUUUAACGUGAAGUUGCCAAAAAUCAUAAUGAAGCCAAACUUUGGGAAGUCUAAAGAAAAAUCAGCUGCUGUGUCAUUUUCUCCGAGCAAAUCAGGGUCCUUUGAUGUCAAUCUUAAGGGUGACGGUUCAAGAUCCAAUUUCAAUGGUGCAAAAGAUCCUCACAUAGGCUCCAAGGAUGAUAAAGGGACAUUCAGCGGCAAAAUCAAUCUUCCAAAGGUACAGUUAACAUCUCCAUAUGGCAUGAUGUCUGUAGAGGGGGAGGACUCUGGUAUGAAUAUGAAACUGGGAAAGGAUUUACCAACAGUACACAUGGAGGAAUACACUAAAGAACUUAAAGUAAAAUCAGGCAACAUGGCCUUCUCUGAUUUUAGUGAGGAGCUCCCAAAGGAUGUGGUGUCAUCUCAUGCCAGAACAGACAUGCUGGACAGGGACAGCUCAGAGUCCCCUGCUAGUUUCACCAUGGAGUUUAGCUCUGCAAAAGUCCAGACAUGGAGCGAGGUCGAGAGCCAAAGCAAGGAACCCGAAGAAAGGGAGUCUUCCACCUGGUUCAAGGUCCCUAAUUUCAACCUGAAGCCACACUCCACAGGCUUCCUCCAGAUAACCCCCGAGGGUUCUCCUCAGGCCCAGCGGAAGGGGGAGGUGGCAGGUGAGGCUGAUGUCUCAGGGUCUUUCUGCCUUCACACCUCAGGGCUCGACUUUAGCACGCAGGAAAUAUCUGAGGAGCACCAAGCCUCCUCCGCUGAGGAGGGAACUGUCACAAUGGUGACCAAGACCACCAGAGUCACCCGUCACAUGGUUUCCUCUGAGACACGAACAGGUGAAUCUUCAGCCACCACGACAACAACUCACAAGGUGUCGGACUUUAAAUACUGAGGAUGCUGUAAUCAUAUCUUAAAUGUCUUUAAAUCUUGUUGGGUUUCUUGGUGAGGUUGCAGUGUUCUUGUAGCCUAGGCUAAGCCUGCGACGUGGCAAACCUCGAUUAGGUAAAGGUCUUUCUUUUUUAUUUUAAUGGGUGAGAUAUGAAUGUGAUGAAAAAACAGUUGCAUUUCAUCAAUCGGCAUCAUUGUCAUUAUAAAACGAACAGAGUAAUAUGUGCUUCCUUUCUUCUCAUUUUAAAUGUAAUUUUUGUAACUGUUGUUCGAGUUUUGUUAGUUUAGUUUGUAUUAUUUAUCAGAUUUUGUUUGGUUUUAAAGUUUUCACUCUGAAUGUAAACAUGUCACACUGCUUGAUUAUUUAUUGUUGUUUGUUCACAAUGCGCUGGAAUGAGUCAUUUACUCUCAUCAGUAUCAUGGAUUUGACAAUUAUUUGAACUGCAACAGUACAGGCCAGAGUAAUAUUCAUGUAAAUACAACCAUAUCAUUGCUUUUAUGAAGCAGUAUUCCCUCGAUUAGAAAUGUAAUUAUUUUCAUAUUCACCGGUCAGGAGAAGAAGUUAUAUUGUGUGACCUAAUAAUAACCUGUUUUUUGUCUUGAAGGAAAAGUGUGAGCUUUUUGAGAUUAUAGGCUAAUCUCAUUUGCUGCCAUAGUUUUAUAUUUGACGCAUUUAGCUGAUGCUGUUACCCAGAGACAGUCACGGUGCUUGAGCAGGACACUCUGGACUCUUUUCUUGCUGUGGGGAUCAGACCUGUGACUUCUGGUUUAAGGUUCAUACAUUUACUGUAGGCCACCCUGCUGCUAAUCAAUUUUAUAUUCAUGUUUUUACUGUAGACUGCCAAAAAACACACUGCUGUAUAUUUUGUGUGUUGACUCUUGGCUUCAAGAUACACAUCCUGACUGAUGCUGAUGUUUUGCAACUCAUCUGUGAACUAUGUUGUGUUUCAGAACAUCAAUAGCAGGCUCAGAGGACAUUUGGGGAUUAGGGUGCUGUUGGGUGCUUUAACAAAAUCACUGAGAGUCUACAUUUUAAACUGUAAAACUUUUUCUCUUGAAACUUAAAAAAAGGUCCUCAAAAAAUGAUGUUACUUUCAGGCUGCUACAAUGACAUUUCAAUUAUUGAUCAAAAUAAAGGUUGAGGUUUAAGCCUUUUGCCAUCUUUAAAAAACAUGUUUGUUGACUACACAUUUAGACAUGUAAAGUUAAUUCCCAAAUGCAAUAUAGUACCUACACAAAAACAGCUUCUUUAAUGAUACUGGCAUCAAAGUAGAACUUUUGAAAGCUACCGAUUGUAUUCACAUCUCAUAGCCAUUGUCAGUUUCACAGGGUACACAAAACAGAGCUACUUUUAAGGUGGACAGUCUUUCAUUAACAUAUUUUAAGACUGGGCCUGUUUCUCGAGUGGUAAAGAGAAAAUAGACAUUUAAAAAGCCGAAGAGAAAUAGCAACAAGGUUGUAUUAGGAUUUUUACCUUUCUGAUUUAAUCAAGUCUUCAAGUUUCUUUUGGAUUAUAAAGGGUUUCAGUGCCAAGUGUUUUUGUCAAAGCUGCAUUGGAGAGAAUGUUUAAGAUGUCAAUAAAUAAUAAUCAAUAAAAUUAUAUAAU